AUGGAUAAUCAACCCCCAAGCAAUGGAGGUUCGACUUUUGGUCAUAGAGUGAUUCAUCGUGAUCGUGAAGAAGCAGAUCGAAGAUUAUGGAAUGAUUAUUUUUCAGAGUAUCCAAAAUAUUCUGAAGCAAUGUUUCGUAGACGAUUUCGAAUGAGUCGAAAUUUGUUCCUACGAAUUGCCAAUGCUGUUAAAGGCCAUGACAACUAUUUUGUGCAACGAAAGGAUAGAAUUGGUAGACUGGGCUUAUCUACUUUACAAAAAGUUACAGCGGCGUUUCGAAUUUUGGCGUACGGAAUACCAGCAGAUGCAACAGAUGAAUAUAUCCAGAUUGGAGAAUCAACUGCAAUUGAAAGUUUGAAGAGAUUCUGUCGAGCAAUUGUAGAGGUCUUUGGGGAGCGAUAUCUAAGAGUACCUGAUGCUAAUGAUGUUGUACGGUUGCUUCAAAUUGGCGAAAAACGUGGUUUUCCAGGGAUGCUUGGGAGUUUAGAUUGCAUGCACUGGACUUGGAAAAAUUGUCCAACUGGCUGGGCUGGACAAUAUGCUGGGCGGAGUAGAGAACCAACUAUUAUUCUUGAAGCUGUAGCUGAUUAUGAUUUGUGGAUUUGGCAUGCACAUUUUGGCAUGCCGGGGUCUAAUAACGACAUUAAUGUCUUGGAGGCAUCUCAUUUGUUUGCAAAUCUUGCAAACGGUGUAGCACCUCCUUGUCAUUAUGUUAUUCAAGGACAGAACUACAACACAGGAUAUUAUUUAGCCGAUGUCAAGGGACUGGCACGUUUUUGGGAUAAAUGUGUAUUGCAUGAUAUAAUGUCAUCGUGCAUUAUAAUGCACAAUAUGAUCAUUGAGGAUGAACGUGAUGAGCAAGCAGAUAUACAAGGUUGGAACGAAGCACUGGCUCCUGAAGUUGAUAUAGCUAGAGAUGAAAAUAUUAUAUUUCAAGAAUUUCUUGCUCGGCAUAGACAAAUUAAAGAUAAAGAAGCUCAUUAUGCACUCCGUAAUGCAUUGAUUGAGCAUUUGUAG